GGCUUUCACGCGUGGAAAUUGUCAGAGCCGUUGCCGUAUGUGCAUCGGAAUUUGCUGACAGCGAUGCAUUUGGAAACGUGUCACAAUGUCGCGGUGAGCGAUAGGCAGUAAGUAAGAGAGAAUCACUUUCAAAGCCCGCGUUACGAGAGCAAGUUAUGCGCUAGUAAGAGGCAAGGCUCGAAGCUUCUUGUAUAUACCUAGAAGACAGUGCACUGCCAACAUGAAACAUCCAGCUUCGCUGAGGGAGCUCAUAUCCGAUAGUACGAUAUUUUUGACCGGUGCCACUGGGUUCGUGGGCGGUGUUCUACUGGAGCGUAUCCUGACCGCACCAUCGCCGCCGAGGAGGGUCUACCUGCUGGUGAGGAGCCGGCGUGGAACCGACCCUCGGGAUCGUAUCAAGGAGAUUUUUUCAUCGCAGUUGUUCUCAGAUGUUCAGCCCAACAGAUUGGAUCUGGUGCAAGUGGUGGAAGGUGACGUGGGUGAAGAUGGUCUUGGACUUUCCGAAAGUGAUCGGAAACUGUUGGUGUCCGAGUGCAACUUGGUUUUCCACGCGGCGGCUUUCAUCUCAUUUGCAGCUCGCCUGGACAUGGCAAUCAGAAUUAAUCUAGAGGGUACCAGACAGGCCCUGAAUUUGGCCAAAAAAAUGGACAAUUGCAAAGCCAUGGUGUACGUUUCGACCGCCUAUGCCAACUGCACCGUCAGGCACGCCGUUGUGGAAGAAAAGUUAUAUCCGACUCCGUGCGACCCGAUAAAGUUUCUGGAAAUGGUGAAACAUCUUUCCGCUGAAGAGCUGGAGCAAAAAACCCCUGAAUUGAUUGGGGAUCAUCCCAAUACUUACACUUUCACGAAACAAAUGGCUGAAGCCCUACUGGCAAAAGAACGUGGUCAUUUGGCGCUGAGCAUAGUCAGGCCCAGCAUCGUCCUGAACACUUGGAAGAUACCGAAGAGGGGCUGGGUGGAUAACGUGAACAACGGGGCCUGCGGAUUUAUAGCGGGAGUGAACAAGGGCAUAUUUCGCACAGUUCCCUCACGGCCGGAUGGUAUCACCGAUGUCAUUCCCGCCGAUAUGGUCGUCUCGGUGAUUCUGGCUUCGGCACUUCAAGCGGUUCGUGAUCCAGAGACUCUACAUAUUUAUCACUGCACUUCCGGGACUGAGAAUCCCGUAACUUGGGGAAGGUAUUGCAAUGCGGUUGUCAAGGCGGCCCAGGAUCACCCUUGCAAAAGGGUGCUCUGGUACCCCGAGGCCAAAACAAGACUGAGCGGAUUUAGGAACUUCAUCGUUAUCUGGGUCUUCCAAAUCAUUCCUGCCUUCUUCGUGGACAUUAUUCUACUCCGCGGAGCACAACCCUCGCUAUACGAAUUGCAGCGAAAGUAUGCCAGGGGUUGUAAAUACACGGCGUACUUUACGAAAAGGGAAUGGCCAUUCGAUACCGCAAAGGUAUCGGCGCUCGCCUCCAUCUUGCCCGAAGAGGAACGAAAGGCAUAUCCUUUCGACCCUAAACUAGUCAAUUGGGAUGAUUAUCUUGAGGGAUGUGUCAUUGGGAUGAGACAGUAUUUCCAUCGGGAAUCGCAAAACACGACGGAAAGGGCGCGUCGUGAGAUGCAAAGAUUGAGAAUAAUCGCAGCCGUCACUCCGUUUCUAAGUUUUUUCCUUCUUUGGGGAAUUACUUCACUUUUUGUAUGUUCUUCUUGGGUCGCUGCGUUCGUUGCUGGCUGUAUCUUGCUUUUUUUGAUUUGGGUUUUCUUCGGAGAAUUUUCUAAGAUCAUUAGAAAGAGAAUUGUCGAGGACUUUGUUGAGUCGGGAAAAGUCUAUGGAUUUUGUGAAAUAACUGCGAUGGCAUUUCCGUUGAAAAAACUUGAAACGGCCAUGAGCGCUAUGUUUUCAAAAUGCAGGCAUUUCUACGACCAUCCUCAUUCCAUUAACGCUGUCCGAACCAGGAAAGAAUAUUGGAAAAAUCGAAAUAAAAGGAAAGAGAUGGCUACGUCACCGGUCACGGAAUUCUAUCGUGGAAAAUCCCUGUUUAUUACAGGUGGUACCGGUUUCCUCGGUAUCUGUUUGAUCGAGAAAUUGCUGCGCUCCUGUCCAGAUCUGAAAAAUAUCUACAUCUUACUCAGGCCAAAGAAAGGAAAGAAUAUCGAAGAGAGGUUAACUGAGUUAACCAAAAAUCUGAUUUUCGAAACACUUAAGGAACAGGGUGGUUCUGAUCUAUUGAAUAAGCUGAUCCCAGUUGCUGGAGAUGUUGGGGAGGAUGGUUUGGGAUUGAGUGCCUCUGAUAGACAGAGUCUGAUUGAUAAUGUCCAGAUAGUUGUCCACUCUGCAGCUACAUUGGACUUUGAAGCAACCUUGAGACCGACUGUGAACAUUAAUUUACUCGGCACACGCAGAGUUAUUCAGUUAUGCAAAGAAAUCCAUGAUUUCAAGGUACUCGUUCACGUGUCCAGUGCCUACGUUAAUUCCGCCCUCUCCGAACCAGUUGAAAAAGUCUAUCCUGCACCUGCUGAUGCUGAAAAAAUCAUCAAAAUGGUGAAGGAUUUAGAUGAUAAGGAAUUGGAUAUUGCCACACCUGGUAUUCUGGGAAACCAUGCAAAUAGCUACACGUUUACUAAACAUUUGGCCGAACACGAAGUUCUUAAUGCAUCUAUAUGCGCAGCCAUCGUGAGACCAUCCAUGAUAACUGCCGCAUGGAAGGAGCCAGUACCUGGAUGGACGAUAUCCAAAAAUGGUCCCCAAGGUUUUCUAAUGGGUGCUAGUAAAGGCGUACUCAGGCGAUUGCCUGUUGCGUCAACUCUGAUCUAUGACUACAUUCCUGUCGACAUAGUGGUCAACAGUCUAAUUGUCGCUGGAUAUCAUGCGGACCGUGAACGUGAAGCUGGAUUGAAGGUUUACCAUUGUACAUCGAGUACCUGCAAUCCCUUCAAAUGGGAAAAGGUUGAAACCCAGAUUAAUACUUAUCUUCAUCGUUACCCUCUGCGUAGUGCUGUGUGGUACCCGUAUCUCAAGCUUCUGCCUUCGUUGUUGCUGUUCAGAAUCUCUGCAAUUUUUGUCCACAUGAUUCCGGCAUAUAUUCUCGAUACAGUUACACGUAUAUUUGGUGGACGGCCCAUAUUGGUACGUCUACAUACAAACGUUAACAAAUCAUUGGGACUUCUAGAAAAAUUCAUUUUUACAGAAUGGAAAUUUAGUAAUGCUCGGCUCCUUGAAUUAAAUGAAACUCUAUCAACAGUUGAUAAGGAUAAAUUUAUUUUGGACAUUAGAUCGUUAAGAUGGGAAGAUUAUUUUAAUGAUCUCGUACAAGGAGUUAGGAGGUACCUGAGUAACGAAAGCCCAAAAAAUCUGGGAAAAGCUCGUUCAAAAGAUAAAGUAUUACUGGUCGCACAUUUGGCUCUACAAGCUGGACUAUUGGGUCUGAUUUGGUGGAUCUUCAAAAUCUUGUUAGCCUCAACUUGGACAAAAACAGGAUUGGUGGUUCCUUUGGCAUACAUGAUCUUCAGUUUGUUAUAGAUACCUGAAUAUUACCUAUGUUGCACAAUAACGAUACAGUCAUAAUCGUUAUAAAAUAUGAAUCAACUAUGUUUGAAUAGAAUAUGGGAAAUAGUUUAAACAAUAUCAUCGCCUACUUGAACAGUUCACGAUAAUAUUGCAGGAAAAUAUGUUUGAUAAUUGGUGAGAAUCGUAAUUUUAAGAUUGUCCAUAAUUUUGAGUGGCUGCAGAAAGUGUAUAAUUAGAAUUAAGCUAAUAACUGUAAAGCAAUCGCGACAUUUUUAUAUCUGACUUGAUUUUUGAAAUUUUACUUCAAAUUGAAGCGGAUCGAUUUAUUAAGACCUCUUAUUUUACAAAUAGUCAUUUGAUCAUUUGAUGUAAUGAUCAUUUGCGUCAACUGGACGCCAAGCCUUUCACUCGAAGUCUACUCGUUAUGUUUCGAGUAAUUGAAUCUCUAACUUCUCACGGCAUUUAAAAUGAACUUAUUAAGUGUUACACUGUUAUUAUUAUUGUUACUUAUAAUCUCAUGAGCAUUGGAGUGGGAUAUUUUUUUAUAUACGUUCAGGUUUACAAUUACAAACAUAUGCUUUGAUAAAAGCCUA